GUUCGUCGCGAAUUUUUCAUCUAUUCACCUCUUAAUUCUCGUACUCGGAGACGUUAUUGAUUAACGCUUCGGAGAUGAUGCUCCGAUGCAAUAUUUGGACUCUCGCGGUCGUCUCGCUUUUCGUCAACUCGUUCCUCUUUGUCAUCGCCGCACAGGAUUCCUCCGGACGAAUCUUUACGAUAUGCGUGCCUGAAAUAUACUCGAAGGAGUGCGAUGAGAUGAAAAAAGAUUCCGCUGUCAAAGGGAUUCCAGUUUCCUGUAUUUCUGGCCGCGAUCGAUACGAAUGUAUCGAAAAAGUUGGGAAGAAAGAGGCUGAUGUGGUAGCCGUCGAUCCGGAAGAUAUGUACUUGGCGGUGAAGGAUAAUAAAUUGGCAUCGAAUGCUGGCUACAAUGUUAUCGAGCAGGUGAGAACAAAGGAGGAACCGCACGCACCGUAUCGUUACGAAGCAGUGGCUGUGAUACACAAAGAUCUGCCGAUUAACAAUGUGCAAGGAUUGCGCGGAUUAAAAUCUUGUCACACCGGUGUGGGUCGCAAUGUUGGUUACAAAAUACCCAUCACCAAACUCACCGCUAUGGGAGUGUUGAAUAACCUCCAUGAUCCAGAAUAUUCAGCCCGCGAGAACGAACUGCGCGCUUUGAGCUCUUUGUUCUCCAAAGGAUGCUUGGUCGGCACCUGGUCUCCGGAUCCAGCGAUCAAUCGUAGAUUGAAGGAAACUUAUUCGAAUAUGUGCGCUCUCUGCGAAAAACCAGAAGUUUGCGAUUAUCCAGACAUAUAUUCGGGAUACGAAGGUGCAUUGCGGUGUUUGGCGCAUAAUGGCGGAGAAAUUGCUUGGACUAAGGUGAUCUACGUGAAACGCUUCUUCGGCUUACCAGUUGGUGUAACGGCGGCCAUUCCGACAUCGGAAAACCCAGCAGAUUACAGAUACUUUUGUCCAGAUGGCAGCAAAGUGCCUAUAGAUGCGAACACGAAACCAUGCACUUGGGCUGCCAGGCCUUGGCAAGGAUACAUGACUAACAAUGGUGUGAACAACGUAGAAGCGGUUCAAAAGGAAUUGACAGAUCUUGGUAAAUUGGGAGAAGAAGAGAAGGCAGAUUGGUGGAAAGAUAUUAUGUUAUUGAACGAAAAAACCCUAGCCGUUCCUGCACCGCCAGUGUUGCCCGAGAAUCAUCUGAAAAACGCAAAAUACUUAGACGUGAUUGAAAGAAACUCUGGAGCCACGGACAAGAUCAUUCGCUGGUGUACGUGGAGCGAAGGGGAUCUCGAAAAGUGUAAAGCUCUUACCAGAGCGGCAUACUCCAGGGACGUGAGACCCAAGUACGAUUGUACCCUAGAAAAGAGUCAAGACGAUUGCUUGAAAGCUAUUAAGGAAAAUAACGCGGAUUUGACGGUUGUCAGCGGAGGUUCGGUUCUUCGAGCGACCAAAGAAUAUAACACGGUUCCUAUAAUCGCGGAAUCGUAUGGAUCAGGCUCAACGAAUUUCAACGAAAGGCCAGCCGUGGCAGUCGUUUCCAAGUCUAGCUCGAUAAACAAACUGGAGGAUCUGAGGAACAAGAAAUCUUGUCACAGCGGAUACAAGGAUAGCUUUGCUGGUUGGACAGCGCCGAUAUAUACAUUGAAACGCAAAGGUUUGAUAAAAUCAGAGAACGAGGCAGCAGAUUUCUUCUCAGGAUCGUGUGCACCCGGUGCACCGCUCGAUUCGAAACUAUGUCAACAAUGUGUCGGUAAUCUUGCAAGCAACAACGAUCGAAUCCGACAGGUAACCAAAUGCAAAGCGACCAACGAGGAAACGUACAGAGGUGGAAAAGGAGCUCUCUCUUGUCUGUUGGAUGGCAAAGGAGACGUAGCGUUCGUACCAUUGACAGCUCUAUCCGAGGAAGGCGUUCAGAGCAAAGAUCUCGCUCUGAUCUGUCCGGAUGGUGGCCGCGCUGAAAUCAACGAGUGGGAACGAUGCAACUUGGGACUGGAACCGCCAAGAGUAAUCCUCAGCUCUGGUGCUAAGAGUCCAACGGUCUUGGAGGAAUUAACUCACGGUACAUUAGCCGCCAGUACUCUUUACUCGAAGCGACCCGAUCUUUUGCACUUGUUCGGUUCUUGGUCCAAUCGGCCGAAUCUCUUGUUCAAGGACGAAGCGAAAGAUCUCGUAUCGGUGAACAAAUCGUGGAACAAGUGGAACGAUUGGCAGGAGACACAAAAUAAUUACGGUGCUGCUUAAAAUUAGAGGAGGACGCCGCUUGCUCGUCGUGAAUUAUUUAACGAAACACGAUGAUGAUGUAUUAUCAAACGCUGAAAUAAAAUGCCAUAGCAACAGAAUA